GCACGAAUCCAGACGUCGAAGCUCCCUUUGUCCAACGACCAAUGCAAGCAUUUAAUGUCAAUGGGUUCCCUUUCCGUUUCACCAUAAAUCAAGCAUCUCCCCCCUCCCUCAAGCCCCAGAUCAAGGAAACAAGCUCUUCACUAAACAAUCCACUGCUUCUCACUUGCUUUCUUUUCUUUUCUUUUUACUGGACUUCUCAAAGCAUUCCCCAAUUUCCUCCCUGUUUCCAGCUCUAGUUUCCAAGCAGUUUCAGAGGAAAGAAAGUAAAGCCUGUUUACCGAAGAUGGAAAACCCCAUCACUUCAAAAUGCUGCAACCAUCAGCCCUGGUUUGUCUUACUUGUCUUUUUCGUUUUCUGUAUUGAGCUAUUUUCCUUUGAUUACUCCGGUUUUACUGCUAAAAAAUCUGCCCUCGUCACUGUUUUGGAUGAUAAUCAUGGAACCGUAAUCAAUACCCAAAGUUCUUUACCUCAUGAUUUCACUGAAAUUACCAAUGCUAGCGUCUAUCCAUUGCCCAAAACUGAUGAAAAGGGAGAUUUGAAAGUGGGAACUGAGAUCGAUUCUUGUGUGGGGAGAUAUAUAUUUGUUCAUGAUCUUCCCAGUAGAUUUAAUGAGGAUUUGGUUAACAAUUGUCGGUUGCUCACUAGGGGAACUGAUAAAAACAUGUGUCCAUACUUGGACAACUUGGGUUUUGGUCCUGAAAUUGAGAACCCUGAAGAUGUUUUGAUAAACAAUAGCUGGUUUUUAACGAAUCAGUUCUUGUUGGAAGUCAUCUUUCACAAUAAGAUGAAAAGGUAUGAAUGUUUAACCAAUGACUCGUCGAUUGCAUCGGCUAUUUACGUACCCUUUUAUGCUGGUCUUGAUAUGAGCUUGUAUCUAUGGGGUUUCAACACUACUGUGAGAGAUUCUGCAUCUCUUGGCCUUGUUAAGUGGCUAUCAGAGAAGCCUGAAUGGAAAAGAAUGUGGGGUAGGGAUCAUUUCUUAGUUGCUGGGAGGAUUGCUUGGGAUUUCCGAAGACAAAGCGAUAACGAAACCGAUUGGGGCAGCAAGCUUCGGUUCUUGCCUGAAUCCAAGAACAUGUCGAUGUUGUCGAUCGAAUCGAGCUCCUGGAACAAUGAUUAUGCAAUUCCAUAUCCAACAUGUUUCCAUCCUUCAAAGGACAGUGAGAUUUUCCGGUGGCAGGAUCGAAUGAGAAGGCAAAACCGGCAGUAUCUUUUCUCCUUUGCUGGUGCCCCUAGGCCUGAAUAUCAGAAUUCGAUCCGGGGCAAGAUUAUUGAUCAAUGCUUAGCUUCAAAGAGCCAGUGCAAGCUGCUGGAUUGUAAUUAUGGUACUACAAACUGUGAUAAUCCGGUUAAUGUGAUGAAGGUGUUUCAGAGCUCAAUCUUUUGCUUGCAGCCCCCAGGGGAUUCUUACACAAGGAGAUCGAUUUUCGACUCUAUUUUAGCAGGGUGCAUUCCGGUGUUUUUCCAUCCAGGUACAGCAUAUGCUCAAUACAUAUGGCAUUUACCAAAGAAUUAUACUGCAUACUCGGUGUAUCUACCAGUAAAGGAUUUAAGUGAGUGGAAAAUCAACCUCAAUGAAACAUUGCUUCGGAUGCCAGAAGACAGAAUAUUGAGGUUGAGGGAGGAGGUUAUAAAGCUCAUUCCGAGAGUGGUUUACGCAAGUUCGAGAUCUCGAUCGGAGACUCUUGAGGAUGCAUUUGAUUUAGCAGUUAAGGGAAUCCUUGAUAGAAUAGAGAGUGUUAGGGUUAUGAUUAGAGAAGGGAAGGAUCCUAGUAUUGGAUUUGCAGAUGGGGAUGAUUAUAAGUAUACAUUUUCUACUUAUGGUAAUGGUAAUUGAAUUUACUACACUAGAAAUUCAUUCGUAAUGGUUUUUUUUUUAGGACAGAAGAAAGCCUAAUUUUUUUUAAAAAAAUGUUUGCAUAAAUAAUUAAGUAAUUUUGUUUUUUUUUCCCUUUAGCUGAAAUGAAUAUAGAUAUAGAUAUACCCUUUCAUCUCAUUCUAUCUCAAUGAUUGUACUUGUGUAUUUUAAGAGUAUAAUUUUGUAGUGAUGGGGGAAGCAUUGAAUGUGUUCAUGAUCUUGAA